ACUCGGAGGGCAGGAAAUCAGCAGAGAAGGUGGCGAGAGAAAGAGAGAGAAGGACAGGGUAUGCGUCUGAGAUCUCCUGGAGCCUUUUUGCACUCUAGGCACACGAUGAUUCACUGCCCAAUGUGAUGAGGAAGAAGCCAUUUCCCUCCCUUUCAAUUUGUGGGAACCGGAGAGAGACUAGUUUUCACCUUACCAACAGGUAAGUGACGGAGGGCAAAUAUGGCCAGGUGAGGCGUGGACAAGGACCAGGUGGCCCCAUAUAGUUCUCAACUCUAGGCAAGAAUUGUACACACAGACACAGGAAUUCUCUCCCAAGGAAGACCUUCCAAGUCCAUUAUAUUUGUUCUUUUAUGUGGACAUUAAAACAUUUUAUUUGGUUGUGGUGGGGAGGCUUCUGAGUUAAAAGCGUCAUAAGAUUAUCUCCCAUUGUUUAUUUCUUUAAUGUAACAAUUUUAUUACAAUUUCAACAUCUGCACUGAUCUUUCUUUCUUUCUUUCUUUCUUUUGGGGCCCUGUAGGUUGAAAAGCAGGCAAUGCAUUUAAAAUAAAAAAUUGAAAAAGACGAGCUUAAAAUGAGAGGCACAAACCAUUAAGAAGGCAAACACAAACCUUUUCUCCCUUUAAAAAUGUAGACAUCAAUAUACAUAUCUUUGUGUGUGUGAUAUGUUUAUAGCCUUACUAAGCGAAUCUCAAAUAUCACAUAAAGUAUAUACUAUUUACACAGAAAUGCAAUGUGUGCAACGUAAAUUAUGUAUAUAUCCACACAGAACACAAUCAAGAUACAUGACAAUUAAGUGAAUAAGAGAGAAAAACAGAGAUGAAAGAAAAUGUUUUUGUAAGUUGCCUUAAGUUUCAUUUUUUUAAAGAUAUAGUAAACCAAAAUAAUAAUAGAAUUAAUAGUUGAGGUGGAUAAAAGUGCUUCAGUACAAAUAUUGCAUUGUAUUAAUUAAUGUGCAUACUAUAUAGUAAUGUCUAUUGUACAGCAUGAAACAGCAGUAUUUAACAUUUACAUAGCACUUGAACCAGCUAGAAUUCUAUGUGCUCUUCUCUGGGAGUAAGUCCCAUUGAAAUAAUAGGAGCAUGAAGAGAUAUGCACUGUAAGAGUGUUCAAAGCACCUUGAAUACCCAGUCUUGUUGCAGACCUUACACCCACCCUGUAAAGUAAGUUCUGGAAAGGGCUGUUACUACGGGAGCACAUGUUCCAAAAAUGUUCAAUCUGAAUUACUCCCUGGCAAAUGUGUUGCAGACUGCGACGCCCAUGAAUGCGUGUGUGCAGCUGAGGCAACACUGGAACUGGUAGUUCUCUUCGUCAUUGGUAAUCCCCAUAGUUCCUGCAGUGCCCCACACCAGCUUUCAGCGAUUGCAUUGCUUAUUUAAUUUAUACCCCAACUUUUCUCCAGGGAACUCAAGGUGGCAUACAUGGUCCCCCCUCUCUCCAUUUAUCCUCACAGCAACCCUGCGCGGUAGGUUAGGCUGAGAAGCAGUGAUGGGGUCAAAGGUCAUGCCUCAUGGGAGGAUUUGAACCCUGAUCUCCUACCUCCUUGUCCAACAUUCUAACCACUAUAGCACACUGGGACAACAACAACAACAACAACAACAACAAUUAAUACCCUGCUACAACACACUGCAUUUUUAUAAAGUUUUUCUCAACCAUUGCACCAUUUUUAGAUUUUUGCCCCUGACCUGAGUCCUUGUUUAUAAGGAAAGGGGUGCCAUAUCCCCUAAAGACACCACAGCCUCUGCUGGCCUUCAUUCCAAUGAAACCAAACCCUGGAUAAGUUCAGAAACCUCUGGAGUUUCUCACCACUUGGGAUUUGGGGGUAGCUACAUGUAGGGGCUCAUUUUGCAACUUCAUACAACACACAAGCAAUAUGAUUUACUGUAUAACAUUUCAGUCUUUUCCCUCCAGAAUAGUUAUAAUAUUUUCCCAAUAACGAGUGAUUAUUAUAUUUAUUCAGGGUGAACUUCACCCUCUUCCUCCCUUAAAUCUUGAUACAUAAGGUAAAGUGGCAGUUCUUUAAUUUGCCCGGCGCCACAAAGACAUCAACUUUAAACAAUUUUUUUGAUCCUGGGCUUUUCAAUCCUUUUGAUCAGAUGAACUGAAAUAAUUAACGCUGUAAACACCCAGUGUAAAAAAACACAAAACUAGGCUAUGUCUGAUAGAUAUCCUUCUAAAUCAUUGGUAGUUUUAAUAAAUGUAUUGUAAUCCUGUUACUAUCUUCUCCUGCAGAUCAAGGAUCUAAUCUAAUCCUUAAUCAGGAUCCUUAAUAUAAUCCUAGAGGGUCCAUCUACUUGAGCAAUCUUCGUUGUUAUAGUAGCCUGUGUCUUAAACAUAAAUCGAGUUGUAUUUUUUACCUUCACCUUAGCUAUAGUAGCAGUCGUUAAGUAAUCAAACUUAGCUAUAGCUAUAGUAGUAGUCGUUUAGUAAUCAAACAAUGAGCAAUAUUUUGACAGAAGUUAUUCUGCUAAAGCCUGGAUUUGCUCGCUAGUGCAUAAAUUUGGCUAUUAUUCUAUUCCAUUACCAAAAUCUAAAAACUAUACUGAAAAGUGAACCUUUACUUCUAUCAAUAAUUGGCCCAAUCCUUGUGAAUAAGCCUUGUUAGACUUCAGGGAGGAACAUGCAAUGAUAGGCGUUUUUUGUUAUGUUUUUGUACUUUCAAACCAUCCCACUCCCUUAGCUGUCAACACUUGAAUCAUGGGUAUAACCAGACUUCCUCCCACAUACUUAGCAAAGAAAAAAGAAAAAGAAAUUGUGCAUCAUAUUGGAAAGAUUUUCUAGUUCUGGGUUUUCAUUACCUCCCACAGUUUUAUGCAUAUUUUCUUGUAUGAGGUUUAGGGAAGUUUCAAACACUAGACAUUUAAUUCCUCAUUCACCUAGGUUUUGUGGGGCAUCCACAUGAUAUCAGCAUUCAACAAUUUGCCCUCCCGUGUUUUCCCUAUAGUUCUUCCAUCAUUUCUCAAGAUUGCAGAAAGUCCAAAUUUGAAUAGAAGCGGUUACAUCAUAUGCAGUAUAGCAGGGUCCGCACCAGAAUGGUUCAUCUGCUGCAUGUUUUUAUGUUGAUAUUUCUUGAAGAAUGUGAAAUACAUUUUAAAAAAAAUCAGGAUGAUCCUUAAUAAAUAGCUGACAUCGUAUAACCUCUACACAGGCAAAGCAGGGUGAAUGCUCAAUAAACAGGAAAUCUGAAGGUCUUCUUAUGGCUAUCAUUCAUAGCUGAGUAAGAUUGUCUUCCAUGAACAUGGUCUUAACAGUGAGUCUGUAAGUGACUGUGGAGGCCAAUUCUGGAUCCACACAUCCUUCCAUAGUGGGGACAUAGGUUUCUGGGUGGAAGUUGAUCACGGUGAGGGUUUGUCAAAUGUGCCUUCCUCUUAGCUCGUUCGAGCGUCUUCAAAGUCAAUGACACCUUUGGUAAAGGCUGUUCUCCAAUUGAGCGCUCGCAGGCCAGUGUUUCCCACUUGUCGGUAUUUAUACUACAUUUUUUUUUUUAGAUUUGCCUUGAGAGAGUCUUUAAACCUCUUUUGUUGACCACCAGUAUUACGCUUUCCAUUUUUAACUUCGGAAUAGAGUAGUUGCUUUGGAAGACAAUAAUCAGGCAUCCACACAACAUGGCCAGUCCAACGAAGUUGAUGUUGAAGACCAUUGCUUCGACACUGGUGAUCUUUGCUUCUGCCAGUACACUGGCAUUAGUUUGCCUGUCUUCCCAAGUGAUGUGCAGAAUUUUUUGGAGACGCUAUUGAUGGAAUCUUUUGAGGAGUUGAAGAUGGUGUUUAUAAGUGGUCCAUGUUUCACAAGCAUUCAGUAAGGUUGGUAGUACAAUAACUUUGUAAACAAGCAUUUUGGUUUCUCUGCGAAUGUCCCUGUUUUCAAACACUCUGCACUUCAAUCGGGAGAAAGCUGCACUCGCAGAGCUUAGGCGAUGCUGGAUUUUGGCAUCAAUGUCGGCUCUUGUGGAAAGAUAACUGCCCAGGUAGGAGAAGUGAUCAACACUUUCCAACAUUACACCAUUGAGUUGGAUUUGUGGCGCUGCAGAGGUUGUUAUGUACUGUUGGUGCAGCACCUUGGUUUUUUGGAUGUUAAGCGACAGGCCAAGCUUUUUGUAAGUUUCUGCAAAGAUAUUUAGGAUGGUUUGGAGGUCAUCCUCUGAGUGUGCACAUUCUACAUUGUCAUCAGGAUACUGAAGCUCUAUGAAGGAAGUUACCGUGACCUUAUUCUUUGCUUUCAGUCUACUCAAAUUAAAGAGCUUUCCAUCUGUUCGAUAUAUGAUUUCUACUCUGGUGUGGAGUUUCCCUUCAACAAAGUGUAGGAUCAUGGCAAUGAAAAUAAUGAAUAGAGUUGGGGCCAUAACACAACCCUGUUUAACACCUGAUUCCACUGUGAAUGGUUCACUUUGAGAGCCAUUGUUAUCAUGGAGGAGUUGAAUGAUGUUCACAAAUUUAUCUGAGCAGCCAGUUUUCAGAAGGACAGUCCACAGGGCAUUACAAAUUACAUUGCCGAAGGCCUUAGGUCAAUAAAUGCCAUAUACAGGGGUUAAUUUUGUUCUUUGCAUUUUUCUUGAAGUUGUCGAGCAGUGAAAAUCAUGUCCACUGUCCCCUAGAAGGUCUAAAACCAUUUUGGGAUUUUGCCUCUUAGCUCUCCCAUCUUCUUUAAGGGGCCUGGUUGUGGCAGGUGUGUGCUGACAUAUUGAACCUAUUGCCACACAGGGCACCUUCACUAUGACCUGGAGUUUUCAGAGGUGCAGCUUUUCGCAAGCCAUGCAAAUCAUAGAAGGCAGCAAUGUGGUUUUAAUAGUUUUUGCUUCAUAUGAGCACUAUAACACCUUUGAGUGUAAUUUGUAGGAGUGUGUGAUCACUGUUCAUAUAGAACAGAACAGAAACCGUUGUAAGCUGAGGCUCCGCGGUGGCAGAUGGUUGUGGGACAAGCAGGUGUCUGGAUUUUUACCUCUUUAAAUAUGGCAACCCUCUCGUAAAUGACUCCACCCUUUAUUUCACUCUGCCUUUUAUGCCUCUGUGUGUCUACUGGGUUGGGAUUGGGCAGGGCAGGGGGUGGGACAGGAUGGGACAGGACGACCAGGUUGAGAGCCACACAAAACUUGAGAACUAUGGUAAAUUAAUUGCCAUUCUCCUGUUUUCAUGCAUGUUUCCCUCCACUCAUGCACUGCUUACACCAGUCAGGCAUGAAUCCAUUGAUCCAAAUCUGGGGUUCCUUUUGACCCCCACCCCCCAAUUAUUCAGAGCUGCUAGCCAGUGAUCAACCUUACCUGCUCUAUGAAACCAAAUUAUGUGGAUGGAGUAAAUUUCCAGGGGGGUUGGGGAUCCAUCCACAUACUACAUGAGGUGACUGAACAUAAUGAGACAUGUUAAAGGUUAUGUUUAUGCAUUUACUGAUUUCCACCCACUGGGCAAUCCUGCAUCAAAUGAAACAGCCCCAUGUCUGUGUUAUGGCAAAACCAGCAUUCAUCCAUGUGUCAAUUCUAAGUUCAUAGAAUCUCGCCCAGGUGUAAUAUUCACAUGUCUAAAUGCUGUAUAAUGCAAACAGGGUUAGAGGUCAGCCGCAGGUUUAAAACAGAAAUUGUGUCGAUGGAAUCUUGGUUUUAAUGUAUGUCAUAUGCUCAAAUCCACACCGUCCUAACCUUCCGGGUGUUUUUGGACUUCAACCCUACAAGAUCUGGAAGGUCUCAGAUUUGCUGGUUUUUGUUUAUACAGUGGUACCUCAGGUUACAUACGCUUCAGGUUACAUACGCUUCAGGUUGCAGACUCUGCUAACCCAUAAAUAUUAUCUCGGGUUAAGAACUUUGCUUCAGGAUGAGAACAAAAAUCGUGCUACGGCGGCACGGCGGCAGCAGGAGGCCCCAUUAGCUAAAGUGGUGCUUCAGGUUAAGAACAGUUUCAGGUUAAGUACGGACCUCCGGAACGAAUUAAGUACUUAACCCGAGGUACCACUGUAUAAUUAAAUAAUAAAAUCAUAGAUUCAUAUUAUGCUUUGUAAUAUUUUUACAUGAGCCAAAUAUAUAGACACAACCGGCGUGCCAACUUGAAUGAAAUAUGGGGGGGGGGGUAAGCCCCGCCCUGCAUAAUCAAUCACAUUAUAUGGUGCACACACACCAUUUGAAUGACAAUGCCCAUUAACUUUGGGGGCCCCCAGCCCUGUUAAAUAUUUUAUUAGGGGGCGAAGACUCCUCAGACCCUAGGAGUUGCCUCCUAUGGAGACAACAGGAAUAACAGAUGGUGGAAUGUGGGGUGGAUUUGCAGUAAUAGCGUAAUACUUAUGGACUAUAUGGAAUUGGCGGAAAUGACUGGUAGAAUCCGUGACCAGGGAGAAGAGUCGAUGGAGGAAGACUGGAAGAAAUUCAAAGACUAUCUUCAGAAACACUGCAAAAUUAAGGAAUGUUAGAGUGAUGUUGGACUGAAAACAAGUGGUUUCCAGCUGUACAGGUUAAAGUUAAGGAUAGAUUAAGAUUAAAGAUCAAGAUUAAAGAUGUUUAAAGAAAUGGAAAUUUGAUAAUAAAAGGGAAAAAUUUAAAGUUGUAUGACAUUAAGAUCAAGGAUUAGGUUUAAAAAAGUUGAAGUUAUAUAUCUUAACGAGUUAUUAAAUUAAAGAUUGGGAUUAAAAAAGUGGAAAAGAAACUGCUGGACAAACAAUGUAGAUUGGAAUACAAAAGAGGGAGGUAUGAGGAAGUCCAGAAAAUAAGUAAUUUAAAAUUGGAAAUGGAAAACAGAGUUUGUUUUUAAUUGUUAUGUUUUGUGAAUUUAUUGUUAAGUUUUGUAUUGUUUUUUGUGUGUGUUGUUUUUCUUUUUUUUGUUUGUUUAAAAUUUUAAUAAAAAAUUAUUUAAAAAAAAAGGAAAGCAAACAACAACAACAACAACAACAACAACAUGAGGACACCCCAUUCCUGUUCUAAGAAAACUCUUUCUCUCUCCCUCUCCCCACAGUGUCUCCAUUUAAUUCUUUUGACUUGAUGAAUGUUGUCCUUAGCAGAACGGGGACGUGAACCUGAAUUUAGAGCCUGUCUCUUGUUUUCCCCAUGCAGAGAUUAUGGGUUGCUGCUGCAGUGACUACGAUGAUGACUGGGAUGAGAACAUAGAAAUUUGUGAGACAUGCCAUUACCCUAUUGACCUUGCCACCAAGUCCCAGGUGAGAAACCUUGCAAAAGUUGUCACACAAUAACUAGAUUAAUUGCAUCACUCCUUUUCUUAAAAGCCCACACUAGCUCCUUAUCAGGUUUUGCAUAAACUUCAAGACCUAGCUGCUCACUUUCCCCACUCUGAUAUAAGCCCAAUUGCACCUUUCUACUGUUUAAUCCAUUUCCUGCCCCAACCUGUCCAUUAAACUGCAAUGCCUAAUUUUAGAUGCUGGUAUUCAAGCUGUAUGUCAACCUGCCCCAGCAGAGCAACUUUUAAUUCUAGCUAACUCUGCAUAAAGUGUUUGCCCCACUUUGCUUCCACAUUAAUUUUCUCAUUAAUGUGACAAAGCCCAAGAAAAAUAAGGGGGAAGUCAUAAAACUGUAGGGCUGGUGGGAAACCCGAGGAUCACUGCUAUGGAAGGAUCCUUGAUUUGAAGUUUGUUUCUUCCACAGAGGCUGAUUUCCAAUGGGUCUGAAAUGUGCAAUCCUCUGAUAUCUUGCGAAACUGUUCCUCCUCCCAGCUCACCUCUUCAAGGUUAAAAUCUUGCCUUUCUUCCAACUUCUAACUAUAGCACAAAGACUGUCUGGAUUUAUUGGGGAUGCAAAAACAGUCUUGGAGUGGGUUGGUCAAAUAGGCAACUCAAGAGCAGAGACCAGCUAGGCCAGGGGCCAUUGCCAGUGUCAUGGUAGCUAGCAGAGAGAGGCCCAGACCACUGUGCUCCCUGUCUUGAAAGACCUGCAUUUCAGUGUUAUCUGAAACAUAUCAAAGGAGCCUGAGAUGAACUUUUCUGAUCGCUCUACAGGCACCACUAAAAACAUCCCUCCCACCCUCUACAAUGGUGAAUGCGUGGGUUGUUUCUGUGAUUGAUCCAGUCUUUGCUUGUUUAAUAAAUUUCUGUUCUGGUUUUCUAUGCUGGCACAUUCAAAACACCUAGUGAAGAAUACAAACCAUUACAACAAUCAAAAUCAUAGCCAAGCAUUGUGAGAAUGUUCUGGGGUGCAGGAGAGGAUAUAUUGUGAGAUUAUAUCAUAAUCCAACUUGUGCUAACAAGUUCCCAAAAUAUCAGCAGAGUUUAUGACAUUCCCCUUUAAGUUCGCAACGGUAACGUCUGCACAGGUUCGCUAGAACUUCUAUAAUAAUUACUCUGGUAAUUUCCCCUUUUGUUCCCUCUUAAAAUACAAGACACGACACAGUCUUUAUAAAAGUAUAAAAGAGUUUACUCACGUUCUGUUCACAAUAUAAUCCCAGAAGGCAGACAGCUUUAAAAAGGUUACAUACAUUCAGAAUCUAUCUUGUAGCAAGAUAGUCCUAUCCUCCUCUUUUGGCUGAGAGCCAAGAGGGCAUGUUGCUCCUUCAGAAGAUGAAGAUGAGAGAGGCAAGAGAGGCAAGAGAAUGGCUGCCUGCCCUGUGCUUUUAUCAUUUACCUGCACAGGUGAGGCCACACCCACCUCUGGUCACAUGCGGAGGAAGUCUGUCCCCAGGAAGUUUACCUGCUUGCUGGACAGACAUCCCUCCCCAUGUUCUAACAUGUACACUCUAGGAAUGUUGCCAUUGACUGCUCCUGUGUUUACAUCCCACAAGCAUAAAACAACUAGCAAGACUAAGGUCAGAAUAAGGCAGACUAAAAACAUUUUAAAAACAUCUAUACACCAUGGAGAUGAACCUUGAGGGUCCUUCGCAAAGCAAGAAGGGACCAGCAGGUCUUCUUGGGAAGGGCAUUCCACAGUUUUGGUGCCAACACCAAAAAGGCCCCGUGAUUCAAUCUUGAGACAUGAGCAGGAUCACAUUAUGACAUGAUAGCCCCUGAGAAAAUAUUAAAGUCCUUCAUGGAGUACAACCUUCUCCAGCCUAGUGCCCUCCAGAUGUUUUGGGUUACAAAUCCCAUUAGCACAGUCAGUACAUGCUGGCUGCAGCUGAUGAAGGUGGUGUUCCAAAACACCUGGAGGGCACCACGUUAAGGAAGGGGGGGUAGUGGAUGUUAUGUGAGCUGAAUUCAAAAUAACAUCUCUUCUAGUCCUGAAACCUGGUUUGUCUUAUAGUGACAUGCUGAUUUUCUUUAUAGAUAAACUGGUGGUUGCAUUAUAUGAUUAUGAGUCGCUGCAUGAUGGAGAUCUGGUGCUCCGGAAAGGUGAACAGCUCCGGGUACUGGAAGAGUAAGUCUUCUUCCACGUUAGAGUGUUACCUUUAGGUCUGGCACACCAACAAAAUAAUCAUCUGUCACACCCAAGCAGCAGCAGCAGCUGCAUUGUGGGUUUGCAUCCCAUGAUACAUGGCCUUCUACCAUGCCAUUCAGAAAAAAAUGUUGACCUCUUUUGACCAAGACACUAUGGUUGAUACAUGUCAAUAUGGUUGAACGCGCUCAUACUUAGAAUGGUAGAUGCCAUAAGUUGGACGUUCACUGAAACAGUGGGGGGAAUUCCAUAUUUUUCGAUGGUUGAAACCCUUAUCAUUGUGUCUGCUGGCAUUUGGAGUUAAAUGCUCAAUAGAAGCUGAACUGAAUAAAGAAAUGAAAACAGAUUUUCUUUUCCCCUGGAAGCAAAUAACAUAGAAAUCAGCAUUAAACUUGUGUCUAUAUUCCACUAUAUAUUUGGAGGUGGCUUUCAUGUCUUGUGAAAGCAGAAAUGUAAUGCAGAAACUAAUAGCUAUGGAAAGAUUGGGGGAAAUGGAAUUAACUGCCGUGUGAAUGCAGCCCAAGUGUGUUUGCUGGAUUAGAAUCAAAGGCAAAGGAACUCAUUCAAGGUGACACAAGACUAUCAGGUUUUGGUCUGUUCUUUCCCUUUGCCUGAUGGAUGUGGGAUCAAGAUCAAGCAAAGGUAGGAGAAUGACUGGUAUUCAAUUCUUCCCCUUUAGGACUGGGGAAUGGUGGAAAGCGCAGUCUCUCACCACUGGGCGAGUGGGUUACAUUCCAAGAAACUUUGUUGCCAGGAUGAACACCCUGGAGCAAGAGCCGUGAGUAAAAACAUCACCACUUUUCUCCACAUGCAGUGCCCCUCCAAAAACCCAAUUAAAUAGAAAGUAAUCAACUGUAUGAUAUUUUACAGUGCCAUCCUAGGCAUGGUUGUCCCAAAGAGUUUAAUGGUGCUUAAGUGUGUAGCCAAAAAGUGCAAUCUUGGAUAGACAUGUCUACUCAGGACCGUUCCUCUGAAAGUAAGCUACAAUCUUAUACCCAUUAACUUCUCUGAGUACAUCUCACUGAACUCAAUGGGACUCAUUGCUUAGUGUGGCGCUGUUAGUUAAUCUGUUUGUUAAGGAGAAGGGCAUGCAGAAGGCCUCAUAUUCACAAAUGAUUGGUGUGACUAUGGCCUUUGGGUUCUCAAGAUAGAGUGGGUGCUGGAAGGGGUGUUAUUCCUUGGAAAUUUUGUUUAAACACACACACACACACACACACACACACACACACCUGAAAAGUUGAACAUUUUAUUGAUUAAUGUUUUCUUUUGCUUUAAAUUAAAAUGGCUGUUGCUUACCUGAAGCAUACUGAAAGGCUCAAACUCUGUAAACCUCUCUGUGCUACUUCUUUCUUGCAGCUGGUUUUUCAAAGCUCUCAGCAGGAAGGAUGCAGAACGGCAGCUCCUGACCGCAGGCAACACGCACGGUGCUUUCCUCAUUCGGGAGAGUGAAUCCACCAAAGGUAAUCAACAGCCGCCACCACUGUGCCCAAAUGCCCAAAUUAGGGGGCGGUGGGGGGAAGAGGGCCCUGGGCAGGCAUGUGUGUCACACGCACCCACCCACCCCACACAUGUAUCCACAUAGGGUCAUUCUCUAUCUCCAGGAAUUGUAACAGAGGCUGGAGAAAGAUUUAAAAAAUUUAAGAGUCUGUGUGCACACUUUGCAUCCAGUGUGCUCCUGCUUCUGGUUUGGGAAGUGGUGUAUACACAUGACUUGUAGCUACAAUCCACAUCUAUAUUGUCGUUUCUUAUGAAAUACAGUGGUACCUCGGGUUACAGACGCUUCAGGUUACAGACUCUGCUAACCCAGAAAUAGUACCUCGGGUUAAGAACUUUGCUUCAGGAUGAGAACAGAAAUCAUGCGGUGGCGGCAGCAGUGGGAGGCCCCAUUAGCUAAAGUGGUACCUCAGGUUAAGAACAGUUUCAGGUUAAGAAUGGACCUCCAGAACAAAUUAAGUUCUUAACCUGAGGUACCACUGUACUGUGCUUUGGCAUAUUUCCCCCCAAGCUAGCUUUGCUCUUAAUAGAGAAAAAGAAGGUCCUAGCUGCGCUCUAAGAUGGGAAUGUGUACGCAGCCUGAGUUGAGAGAAUUUCCCUAACCUUCCUUUUGUACACACAAACACCCCUUUCAUCCCACCAUUGGGUGAUAGUUUACCAAGCCAUGCUCAGGCUAGAGCCACUGAGAUAACAGGAUGCUGGCUUAGAUGGGCUAUUGGCCUGAUCCAGCAGGCUCUUCUUUAGUUCUUAAGUUCUAAACCAGAGUGUUCAGCAGGUAUUGAUUCUUGCUACUUCUUGAAUAUUAUCUCAUUGGUAUGGUGCCUGGCUGGACCACUUUGAGGGUGCUGUUCCAUUCUGUUGGAAGAACCAGAAGAGAUUCUUAACAUUUGAGGAAAAUUUGGGGUUCCUGUUGAAAAUAAAAUAUCUGAAUGAUUUUGCGGUGUACAUAAAAUAAUUUUUUUAAGAUCAGCAUCAUUUUCUUGGAGUGUGGGUCCACAGAGGGGGAAAGAGGAAGGGCCAGGGGGACAAAAAGCUGAGGGGAAAAUAUCUGUGAAAUUUUGAUGGAGGGGGAGGGAAUCAGCAAGGCAAGUGCUGGGGGGUUUUUGUGUGGGGGGAGUGGGGAGGAGCCCACAUGUCUCUGGGUAUAAGAGGACAAAAGAAAUCCAGGAUCCAACCUCUUCACUCUGUUUCCUUGUGUGUCUCCUCAGGUUCCUUUUCCCUCUCCAUCCGUGACUUUGACAAGAACCAGGGAGAAGUCGUGAAGCACUAUAAGAUCCGCAAUAUGGACAACGGUGGCUUCUACAUCUCCCCUCGCAUCACCUUUGAGAGCCUGCACCAGCUGGUGGAGCAUUAUAUGAGUAAGACUAGAGAGGCCACCUGACCCUGAAAGCCUCUUUCUGCCUGUCCUGGCUGCUGGGAGGAAGGACACUGCUCCUUCUCCUGGAGGGGGCUCUUGUCCAUGAAAGCUGGUGCCACCAAUACAUCUGUUGCUCAAAGCUAGCUUUCACCCAUUUGGUGCCCUGGCCUGGGCUGCCCAUGAAGCUUGGUGAGGCAGUCACCUUAGGUGGCAGGUUGGGGACAGCUGGGAGGGGUAGCAGAUCUGGCCCCACAAGGAGCGUGACACUUGCCACCUCCUGUGCUUGUUGCCCACUGCUGCCACAGGCUAUCGAGGGCGAGUCACAAUAGCUAUGCUCUGCCUCUGGUCAGAGGCAGCAAAUGCUUCUGAAUACCAGCUGCUGGAAACUGCAGGAGGGGAGAGAGCUCUUGUGCUCAAAUCCUGCUUGCAGGUUUUGCACAAGCAGCUGGUUGGCCACUGUGAAACCAUUGGACUAGAGGGCCAUUGGCCUGAUCCAGCAGGCUCUUCUUGUGUUCUAAUGUUCUCUAAGCCGAAUGGUGUAAACACAUCUUCUGCUGCCCCCGCUCCUGUCCUUCAGCUUCUGUCUUUCUUUUGUUUCUUCACAGGCAACACAGAUGGGCUUUGCACCCGCCUCGGCAAGCCCUGCCAGACGCAGAAGCCACAGAAACCCUGGUGGCAGGAUGAGUGGGAGGUGCCUCGGGAGAGCCUCAAGCUGGUGGAGAAACUGGGAGCCGGGCAGUUUGGAGAAGUUUGGAUGGGUGAGUAGUAGGGGUGGCAGCAGGGAAAGACGGGUGGAGGCAGGGGUCAUCGUCAUCCUGCUUGCCCAUAGAUUUCAGCCAAGGAACCUCAGCUUUGAUUUUGGAAAACCCAGCAAGUUUCUAGCCCUCAUGGCGAUAAGAUUUAAAGCAUGUCCAGCAACAUUUCAGUGAUUAAAAAACGAGGACAGUCUUGGGGUCCUUUAACACCCCAGUUCUUCCACCAGACAUCCAUUGGUCCCUUCACUCAUCAAGGGUGCCCUUGUGGAGGUACAUGCAUUGCCAGGUGCGAUCCCAAAUCCUGGCUCCAGUCCUCCUGAGCUGAGAUCCUCACUCUGUCCCUCGGCAGGUUACUAUAACGGCCACACCAAAGUCGCCAUCAAGAGUCUGAAGCAAGGCAGCAUGUCGCCUGAGGCCUUCCUGGCUGAAGCUAACCUGAUGAAGAAACUGCGGCAUCCCCGGCUGGUGAGGCUUUAUGCUGUGGUGACCCAGAAGCCCAUGUACAUCAUCACUGAGUACAUGGAAAAAGGUGAGGCGCUAGACAGCAUUACCUGCUCCUUCACUCUGGCAGAGCUUCAUUUUGAGCCGGGGGUUCUCCAGAGACUCCAGCCAUGGAAGGGCCGUAGCUCAGUGGAAGGGCCUUUGUUGUGCAUGCAGAAGGUCCCACGUUCCAUCCUGAACUUCUCCUGGCAACGUUGGGAGAGAGUCCCGACAACUUGCUAGUGUCCAAUGCAGCAGCAGGACAGCAGACAGAGCCUUCUCACCUGCUCAAGAUGGUACCAUUGACUCCCACUGCCCAGAAUUUCCCAGAAAUCAAAUCACUAACGUGACACUCCCCCCUUCUGCAGUUUCUAAAUUUGUCCAGUCCUCUUGUAAAGCUGAAUUUCUGGCCCCCACUGCCUCCGGUGGGAGGGACAUAGUUUAAGUAUGCAGUGAGUGAAGAAGUUUUUUCUAGUCUUAUAGGGCCCAACCUAAGGCCCUCCAGAUGUUCUGGACUGCCUGUGUACUGAUGGCGUUGCAGUCCAAAGCAUCUAUAGGUCUUCAGGUUGGGGAAGGCUUGUGCUUCAGGGUUCUUUUCCUGUUGGGAGAGAUGACUGGAGACAGCACUCAAAGGAGAGCAUUGAUACCUGCGUAUUUGCACAAACAUUAAGCAUGAGGGAACAGGCAAGCAUCCAAACCGAAAGUGCUUAUCUUUAAAGCAGUUUCUCUGAAGGCAAAUAGCCAACUAAGGCUCCUUCUUCCAGGCAGCAAGAAUACAGGAAUGUUCACUUGAUUGUUGUCUUUAGAAUGGCUCAGAAUAUGGCUCCAACGUAUUAUAAACAGCAGAUAUGUCACCUUAAGUGGAUUCUGGCCCAUUAGGCACGAGAGAACUUGAAGCUGGCAGCAAGAGGAAACACAGGGGCCUCUCCAACUUUGAUAGGCAAGCAAAGCUCAAGUCUUUGUUUGGCUGACCACACGGCAACCACACGUCUAACACAGUAGCAUCUAGCCACCAAAGCUGAUCGAAGAUGCAUCUUUUAGGCGUUUGUGCACACUGAGAAAAUAUCAGUUGGCCACCGCUGUCUAUUAGCAUGCAAUCAACCUUUGCUGUCCAUUAGCAUGCAAUCAAUUGACCUUCACUGCCCAUUUGUGUGCUACAGAAAGAUGACCCUCAAUGUAUGACACCACACACAGUACCUCUGAAUGUUAUAACCACUCUUCGUUCAGAUUUGGGCUGUGCCUGGGAUAGAAUGAAAAGCAAGAAAAAUAUGGAAAGGGAGUAAAAUUAGCCGUGGGGUUUUUUUUAUCCCCUGCCCAUGACAGAGGGUGCUGACUCCCAUGUCCCCACUCCUCCUCCUGUUCUCCCUCUCUUGUAUCAUCAGAUUUGUUUUAGACACUUCCUCUGCGGUGCCCUUUGCUCUAGAUUAAUGGAGGUCAGAACCCCAGCUCGCUUGCUGGAUUUGGCAUAAGGCAGUGGAGAAAGAGAAGGAAAUUAAAGGUUAUUGUGCGACACAGCUACAGCUACAAUGGGAGCAGCCUGCCAAGGCACAAAAAUAGCCAGAGGAUUUGGGAGGGGUUUCCUGCUUCUCAAAGCUUUUACCACCCAUUUUGGCUCUCAUAUGUCCCUUCAGCAGGCUGCACCAGAGAUGGUGUCUGCUUAGAGCUGACAUUUAUCCUUCUACUUCUCCAUCCAUUAUCCAUCAUCAUCAAAAAUUGUCAAGCAUCACCAACAAAGAGAAAUAACAGAGUCUUGCUAUCUAAAAAGCCAUGAUGACACUUUAGGGGGAAAAGGGGAGAAGAGCAAAAAGGAAAGAGAAUAAAUGGUGGGAUGCCAAAAAUGCAUAGCUGUCAGCAAAGGUCAAGGGAAGGGUCUCUUUCUCCCUCCAGCUCAUGCAAAGAGGCCGCCUGGCCAGCUUCUAGGAAGCUUGUGGGCCUUUUCAAGAUGACCUGUUCGUUGAGCAUCUAUCCUGAUUCAUUUGCAGAAACUUUGCAGGGAGGUUAGAUAACACCAGUUGUUUAUUGAGCGUUCAUUCUGAUUUGUUUGUGGGGAGGCAAUUCAAAGAAAUUGCUCUCACACUUACCAGUGCAUUUCCCGCUCCCCCCCAAGUCCAGGGUUCUUUGCAGGUGGGUUUCUUGUACAGCAUCCACUUUAAUUAGACAACCUGAAUUUUCCUGUUAGCAACUGAACCCCCACCCCCCUUAGUGAUGGUCUACAAGCAGCACACAUUCCCUGGGGUGAACAACAUAUUCAAGUUCACAACCACAGCUGAGUGGUAGCAGCUCGGAACUCUAAAAUAGGUCAGCAGAACUGUGCAGAGAUAUACAUACUUCACAUAUUUUAAUAGGCUUUUUCCCUUCCCCAUACAGGAAACUUGGUGGAUUUCCUCAAAGCUGUUGAAGGCAUCAAGCUGACCAUUUAUAAACUGCUGGAUAUGUCAGCACAGGUGAGGAUAAGAGCGGGCAAGGAAUAAAACCUGGGAGGAUGGUGGAAGAGGACCAGUUGGUGGGAAUAUAUGAUAUGGAGAGAUGGGCUGGGUGUUUGGAUUGCAUUUCCUAAAAACUUAAUUUCAGCACCAGAAUAAAUGUGAUGAAGGAUUUCUGCUGGGAAACAGAACCUAGAAUAAUGACCACAUUACAAAUGAAACAUGGGGUGUCUAAUCUUUCCAUCAGAUAAUGGACUUAGCUUACCUAAGACAUAGGUAAUAAGGUUUUAUUUAACUUGUGCUCAGUGCAAACUGCCAUUUUUCUUGGUUCAUAUCUGCUGCUGAGGGGACGAGGCCCAGCACCCUCACAGAACUACAAUUCCCAGAGUUCUGUGCAGGAAGUCAGAAUAUCCAAAGCAGUUGAAAGCCAGUGUCAGACCUGGAGCAGGAUUCACAUGCUUGCUCAGCCAUGAAACCCCUUGGGUGAUCCUGACAGUCACUAUCAUUACUGCUCAACCUGUCCUACCUCACAGGAUUGUUGUGAGGAUAAAUAUUUGUAUGUGCGAAAGGCUCAUGUGCCAGCUUAUGUUCCUUGGUGCAGAGCUAAGAUAUUAAUGAAACAAACAUUAGAAAACCAAGGACACACAGCCGGGAAGAAAUUUGCCCUUGUUGAAAUUCUGCCCGCUGGGCAGCUGUGAAAAGCACACAACAUCUGCCAGAAGAAAAGGGGAAAGAUGCAUCAACGGAGUGAGUGGAAAACUGCAGGGAAAGUUGUUAUUGGUUACAUUCACCUGUCUGGUGCAGUGGUUAGAGUGGUGAGGCUAGACCUGAGUUCAAAUCCUGCCUCAGUCAUGAAGUUUCUUGGAGACUGUCAGCCAUGCACUAUCCUCAAAUGGCUAUCAUUCCAACCUUCCUAACAGGGGAAGGAAUCUUAUACUGGGUUGCUGGGAGGAAGGGAGCAGUGGGAUGAAAUUGCAAUAAAGAAAUAUGUAACAACCCCAUCCUCUUCUCUCAUAAAGAUAGCGGAAGGAAUGGCCUUCCUUGAAAAGAAGAAUUAUAUCCAUCGUGACCUGCGAGCUGCCAACAUCUUGGUGUCAGAUAUGCUCUGCUGCAAGAUUGCUGAUUUUGGCCUGGCCCGGCUUAUAGAGGAUGAGUACACAGCUCAAGAGGGUGGGUCUUCUUCCUCAGCCUGGUCUUGUCAGCUGCUGCUUGCCUCUUUGUGACAGGAAAGGGUCCUUGCAGGGUCCAGCCAGCUGGUACCACCCCCCAAGGUGUAAAUGUACCUGUCCUGGCUUAUCUGUGGCCCAACACAGAGGCGGGGGUGGGGUGAGGAUGUAGAUUGGGAUAUACUGGUAGAUGACUAAUGGAUGAUCAGCAAAUAGAUCAAGCGAGGUUUCCAAUUCCCACUCCCCACAUUAACGACAAUAAAUGGCUUUUCUCUUCCCCUCUGCCUAAACCCUCCUUCCUGAAACCCUGGAGAGCAGCCGUCAGUCAGUGUAGACACUACUGCGCUAGAUGAACCAGUGAUCUGACUCAGUGUAAGGCAAUUUCCUAUGGCAAUUGGUUCCAACCCUGAGUCAAAGGUUUUUUUCUUUUUGGUAACAUAGUUUUUUAUCCUUGUCAUCUUUAAUCAUUGAGAUAUAUCUUUGUUUACAGUAGAGCAUAUCAACAUGCAACAAUUACAUAAAAAGAAAGCAACAACAAACACUCAGAUAAAUGUUUCUGAAUAGUUUAACAAAGUUGUAUAUACCAAAAUUACUGCAGUUAUUACAGUUACGUCAUUAUGUAUAGUAAGCUGUAUCACUUAGAUUGGCGAGCAUAAGUAAAAUUUUUCUUGCAUCAAGUGUCAAUAACAAUCACAUCAGAAUUUUACCUCUGGCUGUGCCUCCCCAGUCACUAUGGUUGGUGGAGAUUGAGGAUCUAGUAAAAAACAACAGCAUAGAUCCUUCAAGCUUGAAGGCUGUCCACAAUUGGCCUAAAAUGGGGUUGCUGUGGGUGGGAGGAGGACAGUUUUGCAAAGCUUCUUGAGUGGGGAAAAUUAUUCCUUGCCAGAGGUGACAUGAGGCUGAGUGGCCAUUUUACAAGCCUGCAUAAUGUGGAAUUACUUGAUUUCACAGGUGAAAAUAUCCUCACAUGUGCAGUUCCCUCUGUUACAUGCCCACACCAUCAUAGUCACUUUUUCUCUGCCAGAACUUUCUACCAACCCGGGGGCUAGUGCCUUUUAUGGACUUAUAUGUGCAGAUAGGCUUGCGGAAAAGAUGAUGUGCUUGCAUUUCAUGGCACACACACCUGCAUAAGUACUGGAAGCUGGAUCCCUAGAAUGUGGGUCAUGAUGCUCCCCCCCCCUGCAAAGUCUUAUGGGACUCAGUGGUUCAGCUGCUCUCCUGCCCCUUUCCCACUGCAGGUGGGUGAAGACAUAUAAUAAGCACUAGUCCCCGUUCCCCAUCUCACAGCUUGGCAACUGACAGCCACAGCUGCUUAGCCUAGGCCUUUGCUUCAAGCAAUAACUCACCUCUUGAGGAAACCAGAGCCUGCUGGGGUGGGGGGGCUGCUUUGUGCGUGAGAGAGAGGGAAGAAGUGUGAGCAAGUGCUUUGCACACAGAGGCUGCGCUGGGGGGCCUGCGGUUUUGAGCUGAAGCAACCUGUAGCUGGAGCUCUCUGAAGAGAUUUUUCACCCAGCAGUGCAGUGAGGAGAGAGCAAGUCCCCUUCUCAGAUAACAAGGCCUGCUUCUUCUUCAACCUGGUUCCCUCUGUUACAUGGAGAGCAGGAGGACCCAGUCUUUAGAAGGAAGCCAUUUCUCCUCCUCCUCCAUCUUUUUUUGGGGGGAAAUCCAGUCUAGUCCUUCUCCCCUCCUCAUUUCUCUUGACUACCAAGGUAUAGUCAAGCUAUUUUAAAAGAAAUAUAUUACACAGUGGCUUCAGAAUUGGUGUGUGAGAGAGUGUGUGCGCAUGCUCACAAACAAAAUAUUAGGCACCAGCAAAAAUGAUUCUUUUCCACCCGUCCUUUGGCCUUCAGUUAUAUGUGGCCUCCUUCAGUGUUAGUUCUGCCUUUUUAUAAAUAUGAAUGUACUUUUAGCUUUGAAUUGUUUUAGUUCCAUGUUGGUUUUAAUGUAUGUGGGAUUCUUUUUUUGUAAGUUGCUUCAAGUUAUUUUUUAAUAAUAAUAUAGAACCUUUUGCCAACCUGAUACUCUCUAAUGUUUUGGACUACAACUCCCAUCAGCCCAAGUCAGAGAAGCAUUUUGGCUGGGGCAGAUGGCGGUUGGAGUCCAAAACAUCUACCAGGCACCAGCUUUUUGAAGGCUGGUAGGACACUCCCUCUAGCGCCAGAGGCAGCAUCCCUCUGACUGAGUACCAGUUGGUAGAGAUCAUGGGUGAGAAGAGGGCUGCUGUCCCACUCACAUCCCGCUUAUGGGCUUCCCAUUUGAUUGGCCGCUGUGAGGACAGGAUGCUGGGCAAGAUGAGCCUUUGUCUGGAUCCAGCAGAGCUCUUCUUAUCUUCUAAUGAAGGUCUAAAUGAGAUCCAGUUCCUGUCACCUCUCCUCCUGCUUAUAGUCAGUAGCGUUUAUAUUUCCAGCCUAGGUUGCCUGAACAAGCAGCCAGAAAUAUUUACCAGUGGUACAAAUGUGAAUUUUGCAUCUAUCCCUGCAAAUCUGCAUUGGGAAAGGUUGUAAGGAUGGGAAAAACAAGUCUUUGCUCGGGACCAGGUUGUAGGUCGGCAGGGCAGUCAUUGGUGUCAGGUGGAGGUAGAGCUCCUUCUUGUGGUCAGCGCGUUAACAGCCACCAGUUACAGCACCAGGAAAAGUAUCUGAAUUCUGCACCAAGGAUCAUAUAACCCUGCAUUCUUUGUGUAUUUCAGGAGCAAAAUUUCCCAUUAAGUGGACAGCCCCAGAGGCUAUCAAUUAUGGGACAUUCACCAUCAAAUCAGACGUUUGGUCAUUCGGGAUCUUGCUGACCGAGAUCAUCACCUAUGGGCGGAUUCCUUAUCCAGGUCAGAAUUUCUCAGCAGCAAAAUGCAACCAUUUCCCCUCCUGCACAAAGUACUCUGUAUCCAGAGGGAGAACCAGAGUCCUUUAUGAAAACAAAACCACAAAACCCUUCUCCUGCCUUGCACUGUGAAUUCAAAAAUUCAGCCAGAAAGCCACACUAAAGUCUCCACUGGUGGAAAAUCGGGAGGAGGAAAAUCAUUCUAUACAGAUAGUCUUAAUAGCUGGAAAUAAAAUGGAUAGAUGAUCUGCAGCACUGAAAAAAACAUUUCCAUAAACUCUUACCUGUGGAAAGCAAAUGUGGUGUAGUCAUUUGAGAACUGGACUAGGAGCUAGGAGACCAGGGUUCAAAUCCCCACUCAGCCAUGGAGCCCACUGUGUGCUCUUGAGCCAGUCACUGUCUCUCAGCCUUACUUACCUCACAGGGUUAUUGUGAGUACGAAAUGGAUAGGGGUAGAAGUGUGUAAUCCACCUUGAGCACUUUGGAGAAAAGAUGGGGUAUAAAUGUAAUAAUGAAAUAAAUAAAUAGAACAAGCAGAAAAAUAGCAUCAGCUGCUGGCUGGAACUGAUGGAAGUUUUCGUCCCAAACAUCUGGAGGGCACCAGGUUGGGCAAGGCUUGUACAUGACUUUUGAAAUCUGACCAGAAGAGCAAAGUGAGCAGAUGCAUUGUAGAUGGCUAUUAAUGGCUAUUAACCACAGUGGCAAUGCUCUGAUUCCAUUGUCACCUGCUUCUGGCAGAGACGCUUUGCCCUGGGCCCUCAACCUGUGUUUGUUUGCUGAACAACUUGGCCAUUAUCAGGUAGGUAGGACACAGAAGCUGAGCCCAGCUAUUAAGAGUGUGCCUCUCCAAGCACUGAUUACAUUCUAACACUUACUAAAUCUAGAAUUUAUGGGUGCCUGACACCUACAAACUCUGGCACCCAAAACUCAUAACGGUAUUUUAGAAUUCUCCUUGGAUCAAACAUUUUGUUCACUUAAGCUGCAUAUGCACUGCGCCUUUGAAGCACAUUCCCUCCCUCAAAGAAUUAUGGGACUGUAGUUUGUUAAGGGUGGCUGAGAACUGUGACAGGUAAACUACAGUGCCCAGAAUUAUUUGAGGGAAAGAAUGUGCUUCAAAUGUGCUUUGAAGGUACCACCUUAGUUUCUUUAAUGCAAAAUGAAGUGAUGGGGCAGGUGCCUGCCUAGACAAAGUCUUCUUUGGGGCGACCGGAAAUCUUUUCCAUUGAGCAUAUACUAGCCUCAACCUAAUGAGUUUGCUAUGAGCUUCCUGAGUCACCAGGAUGGUUAAAAUAUUGCACACAAAGCUUCUAUGAUUCCCUGUCCCACCUUUUAUUCCUUGAUCCUUUCUUCGGGUGGUAGUGGUGGUGUUAACAUCAAGUCUGAGGAACUCUGAAACUCAAAAGCCAAUUUGCUGCUUUGCGGUGUUUUUUAGUUGGUCCUAAUACAGGUGUGUGGGACGCAGGUGGCGCUGUGGGUUAAACCACAGAGCCUAGGACUUGCCGAUCAGAAGGUCGGCGGUUCGAAUCCCCACGACGGGGUGAGCUCCCGUUGCUCGGUCCCUGCUCCUGCCAACCUAGAGUUCGAAAGCACGUCAAAGUGCAAGUAGAUAAAUAGGUACCACUCCGGCGGGAAGGUAAACGGUGUUUCCAUGCACUGCUCUGGUUCGCCAGAAGUGGCUUAGUCAUGCUGGUCACAUGACCUGGAAGCUGUACACCGGCUCCCUCGGUCAAUAAAGCGAGAUGAGCGCCGCAACCCCAGAGUCGGCCACAACUGGACCUAAUGGUCAGGGGUCCCUUUACCUUUAAUACAGGUGUGGGGGAUCUUGCUUCUUGGACUCCAGAAUUGGCCUGGAUGUCCUUGGGACUACCCUGUCUCCUAGUCUACCCAUAUAUGCUACGAUCUUUCCCAGGCUCCUUCUAACAUAACACUUUGCGUUGUGGCUGUAGGGAUGAGCAACCCAGAGGUCAUACAGAAUUUGGAGCGAGGCUACCGGAUGCCAGCACCUGAAAACUGUCCGGAAGAGCUGUACAAACUGAUGCUUCAGUGCUGGAAGGAGAACCCUGAGCAGCGGCCCACAUUUGAGUUCCUGAAAGGUGUCCUGGAGGACUUUUUCACUGCCACUGAAGGACAAUAUGAGCAGCAGGUGUGACAAUGGACCUCAGAGCAUCCCGAAUAAUACAAUGCAAAAUCUCCCUUCAUGUUGCUCCCCUCCUCCCCCACCGAGACAUUUUGUAGCAAGAUGCACCUUGAAGACUUGGAGGAACCUGAUGUAUCCCAGACUUCAGAUGAAAUUACACCCUUUGAGUGAGACUUAGAUGUCUUUCCUCAUAAUCCCUGUGGAGGAGAGAUGAGGGUGGGGUGGGGCUGCAGCUAUUUUUUUUUUUUUAAACAUAAUUUUUAUUAACAGGCCAAUCCAAUCACAUUAUUUCCAAAUCAUAUUACUUCCAAAUUAUACAGCCAGAUUUUUAAAUUUUGUUGGGGGUACCCUUACAUCAAGCUCCGAACGAGAAUCAAAACAUCACUUGUGUUACUGCUUUUAUCAAACGAUUCUAUCCAGCUCUGUCCAGAUAGUCUCUUUAUUACUUCUUCAUCUUCUUGUUGUUAUCAUGUAUUCCUUUCUUUGCAAUCUCUGAUAAUCUUCGCGAGCAGGUUAAGAACAAACAACAUCUGCGUGGAUUUUGCACACUCCAGAAGUCAUAUCUCAUAAGGACAGCCGCCAUUACUCCCCUUCUUCAAAAAUUUAUCCUCGGUCCGUCCUAUUAAUUUUACCAAGCUUGCCACAUAUAUCGCAAAGGGGCUCUGCCAGGUUAUCACAUUCAAUCCAUCAUUUGCAUUCCAAUGACCCUGGUCCUCCUCCCCUUGUCUUUCUUCGACAAGCCUGUCUUAGCAAGACGCCAUUAACAACUGCGUCAUAGAAUUUUCCUUCCGCACUCCAUAUUUACCAGUCCUCUCUUCAAUCAAUAAUUCACUCCACACAGCUUUUAAAUUCUUGCUUGCGAUUAGUAAAAGUCGACGAUUCGUCUCUCUUGGAUGGAGGUUUAUAAAUACUCACAUGAGGCAAAGAAAAUAAAAGUUUUUUCCUCCACCCCCCCCUCUUUUUUGCUCCGCACAUACCAGUCUCGUAAUGGUGGUUCAUCGCUUGAUUUAUUUGUCUCCUUCCGUCGCUCCAAACACAGAGAUGCAUUAAUCAGCAGCCUUAUCUCUCGAACUUUGCUUGAUGUAAGUGCUUCAGCUUCAUUCCAAUUAUAUAUUUCCAAUUAUAAUUCCGAGCUGAAGCUAACCAGCAGGCGCUGAUUGGAAUCGGCGUCAGGAAGAGCUGACUUCAUCGAGGGCUCGUGCCAAGUGACCGGCACCCCCGACUCUCGGAUCCGGGGGUGCAUUGUGGACAUCGCUGGCAAGGCAGCCCCCCCCAUCUCCUUGGGGGGGUAGGAAGACUGCAUACUUCCCAUAGCAGCCUCUUAAUUACCUCGUAUGGGUCAGAGAGAUGUUAUUGUCGGCCAUCUUCCAAUGCGCCACUUGGUGGCCCCCGGGGCUGCAGCUAUUAUAGGGAAACAGUUAUUGCUUAUAUUAUUUCAGAUUUUCAAGGACGGGAUGGGGGGAACCUUCUAGGCUAAUCCAUGAAGAGCUGACUUUAAAAAGCCCUUGCAUUCACUCUUUUAAUAAAUGCUGAAAAACAACAACAACAAAAACCAGAGUUCAGUCCUGCAUGGAAAAAAAUAAGUUGUGAUUCAAUAAUCCUAGAUGCUGUGAUUUAUUACGAUAUACAGUGGUACCUUGGGUUAAGUUCUUAAUUUGUUCUGGAGGUCCGUUCUUAACCUGAAACUGUUCUUAACCUGAAGCACCACUUUAGCUAAUGGGGCCUCCCGCUGCUGCCGCUCCGCCGGAGCACGAUUUCUGUUCUCAUCCUGAAGCAAAGUUCUUAACCCGAGGUACUAUUUCUGGGUUAGUGGAGUCUGUAACCUGAAGCGUAUGUAACCUGAAGUGUAUGUAACCCGAGGUACCACUGUAUUCUCCAGGGCAAAGACCUCUACGUUUUUAAUUUUGUAUUUGUUUUGCUUAUGUUAUUCUGCAAAGUGCCACACAUAAUAAUGGUGCUGUAUAAUUAAUUAGCAAACAAAGUAAAAAAAAUACAGAUAAUUGUGAAGGCAUGCUGUCCAUGCUCAGAGGCACUUGCUUCUCUGUGACUGCCAUGCAGCAUAUUCCAGAACUGAGCACUGGCUAUGAUAACAUGAUCUGGGAUUGAUCCUGGGUGAGCUUAGUUCAGUCUAAGGACUCUUGCUCUGGAAUGAAUACAUAGCAAAGAUGCUCUGUUAACUGUGCAAAUAAACAGCAGAUUUUAUUCUGAAUUUUUGGCUCUUGCAGAAAACAAAAAUGGUAAAGUGCUCUCUCUCUCUGUGUUUAGAUUUGUGCUGAACUCAAUUAAAG